AAUGUCACGCUUGUUGUAACUGUUUAUUAAACAUUGUGUUAUUUGUUAAAAUAGACCUUUUAUAAAUGUUGAAAGAAUAAAAGCCUGUACAUAGAAUAUGGCUUCGUCAAGUAAACUACCCGGCACGGGAUUGGAAGAGGUUGGCGUCCCAGGACAGUCGUACCUUCGUGAUGCACUCACUAGCUGCACUGACCCCUUGAAAGCUAUUGAAGAGUUUCAACUGGAAAAUGGUAUAUUAUUACCUUCUUUAAGGCCGAUGUUGCCUCUAUUAGACCUUCACGGAGUACGUCGGCUUGAUUUCCACACAUCUGUAUUGGAAGAACUGAGAGAUAAACUAAUAGCACACAUAAAUGAACUGGGUUCUAAAGAUGGUAAAGAGCAUGAUAAGAAACUAAAAGAAUUGCUAACUAAAAGUUUUCCUGUAGUAAAGGUUAAGUCUCUGAGACCAGUUAUAAUGAGCAUAUUGAAAAACACUCCUCAUAUUGAUGACAAAUUCCUCAAAGUAUUAGUGAAGGAUCGUGAACUGUAUAAUGACACUGAAACGGAGGUAAAGCGACAAAUAUGGCAAGACAAUCAAUCCCUCUUUGGUGAUGAAGUAUCACCAUUACUCAGUCAAUACAUCAGAGAGAAGGAGAAUGUUCUAUUUGACCAAGAGAACUUGACAAACCUAUUCUUUUCUCCAUCUCCUAAAGUGAGGAGGCAAGGAGCUGUAGUUCAGAAACUUGCCCACAUGAUUGGCAACAGUGUCAAGUUGUAUGACAUGGUCUUACAGUUCCUUCGUACAUUGUUCCUAAGGACAAGAAAUGUUCACUAUUGUACUCUAAGAGCUGAGCUGUUGAUGGCUUUGCAUGAUCUGGAAAUUCAAGAUAUUAUAUCAGUAGACCCGUGUCAUAAGUUCACUUGGUGCCUUGAUGCAUGCAUUAGAGAAAGAAAUGUUGACAUAAAGAGAUCUAGAGAACUUCAAGGGUUUUUGGACAGUAUCAAAAGAGGCCAGGAGCAAGUCCUAGGUGAUUUGUCUAUGACCCUCUGUGAUCCUUAUGCUAUAAACUUCUUAGCAACCUCUGCUAUCAAGAUAUUGCAACAUUUAAUAAACACAGAAGCACUUCCAAGAGAUAAUACAAUAUUAAUACUGUUAUUGAGAAUGUUGUCAUUGGGCUUAAGUGCUUGGGUAAUGAUUGAUUCUCAAGAGUUUAAAGAGCCUAAGCUUGAUAGUCAAGUGGUUACUAAAUAUUUACCUGCUCUGAUGUCUCUGAUGGUUGAUGAUCAAGUCAGAGCUUUGCAUAAUAAGUUGCCCCCAGAUGAGAGAGAAUCAGCGAUUACAACUAUUGAACAUUCAGGGCCUCCGCCUGAUGCUUGUGAAGCUUAUAUGAGGGAGAGUUCAGUAUGUGGAGUGCUAGCUAUGUACUACACACUGCAUGCAGCUAAGUUAAGAGAUAGAGGAGCACUGCUACGUAUUCUCAGCAUCCUGGGUAGUUGUAAAGAUGGAAGGGCUUAUGAGGACCCAUUCUUACAUGCUCUUGUGGCACUAUUAGUACAACUACCUGAUGAGUUCCAAGGUGAAGACUUCAGUACAGUAUUAUUUGAUGAGUUCUUUUUCGCUGGAUUGUCUAAGGAUAAUGUUACAAGACAUUUACUGAAAUUGUUGUGGUAUAUCCACCCUAAGCUUCCAGAGACAAGAAUACAGACUUUGAUGAAGGCCUUACAGCCGGGCACGCAGCACAAUGAGUCUGUGCAUAAGUUGUAUGAGACAUUACAGCAGAAGAUGACGACACAGACUGAGCCAGUGGCCAGCACUAGUGAAAUGGAAUAUUUGGACUCUCCUCUCAUGAGUGUACCAACGCCUGCACCCUAUCACAUGUAAAACAUUGACUUAAUUUUAGUAUGUAGUUCUAUACAAUAUUAUUAAAAAAUAAAUCAGACUAACAUUAUC